UAUAUAUCACUACUUGAAUCCGCGUUUAUCGUUGAAUCACUCUUACUGUAAGGUCAAAUAGGGCAUACAGCAGCUCUACCGAGCCUCCUAGCUGACACAAAGAAGUUGAAAAAAAAAUCAUCAUGGCGACGGCAGGUCAAAACGACGACGACGAUCUUGUCGAGGAGUAUAUUGUUGACGAAGAAUUGGUAAAAUUAUUGAAAUCUUUUGAAUUAUCUGCCACGGGAAUCGAAGAGUUCGUAGCCAACGGAUACGACAUUUCGGCGCUGAAAAUCAUAGAACGCGAAGAAAUUGAAGCUCUCCUGCCCCCACCGCAUCUAUCCGAUCGAACCAAGUGCAUUGCCGGAUUGAACGAGUGGCGUCGGUCUUUGGGAUUGCCGUCGGUGUCCACGCCGCUGAAAAGCAGCAACCCACAAGGAACCCAGAACUCAGAUGCACCGAAAGUUGCGCUCGGCAAUCUGUCACGACAACAAUGGACCGCAAAAGCCUUGAUAAAUAGGUCCAAAAAAGGAAGACUUAUUUGGGAAGCCUACCAAGCAACGAAUAUCUUGUCAAGGAAAGACCGUAUUUUCAUCACUCAUCUGAUUGUCGACGAAUUUGUCGAUGAGUUUGGCAGAUUGACGCGAGAGGAACUAGCCCGCCGAGCCACGGAGCUGAAGAACAUUUUUCCGACAGUGGAACAGCACGUCUGGUACAAACCGGCAUCGUAUCACGACGAAAAAGGGAAGAAGAUCAAACUCGGUCGCAUAGCCAAGGGUUGUUUGUUUGACCGGAACCACAACUACCGCUGCGUCACCUCUGUCCCGCCACCGAUUCCUGGGCCCGGCGUGCAGCCAUCAACUAGUUCAGCUCAGCCGAUCGUCGACGUCGUCACAGCAGAUGCAGUGACAGCGUACCAGGAGACGAAAAACUGGUUCCGACACCAUCACGGCGAGUUCGACGACAUCAAGAAGCGGUGGGAAGCAACUAGUGCCGUUCGUUUACACGAAAUCGCCAAACUAGAACAAGUAACCUAUCAGCACUUGCUGGACGAAUACCCGGUGCUGCGGAACACUGCCGGUUAUCAGCUCGUAAAUCUCGACUUUAGCUUCAAGCACGCAAAGGAAAGAGAUCUUCUUUUCGCGAAAUUCGCUGAUUUUCGCAGUCGCGCUAAAGUAGUGUUUCCCAAUGAGGUACCCGAGCUGGGGAAACCACUGUUGGCAUUGCUGAACGGAGACAUAAGUGAAGAUUCGCGUGAUUGCAUCACAACAUUGCUCCUGUUUUUCAUUUGGCCCAGCACAGUUAUGCGUCUACCCAAUGGGAAGAAGUGGAAGCCGUCCUUGGUGGAAAGCAGUGAAAGUACAAUACUGCAUUUGAGAACCCUGGCGGAUUAUGAGACGGAGCUCUCGCGGCUUAGCCGGCAGAACCUGCUGAGAGGAUUACCCGACUACCCAGUGAUCGUAGUAGUCGGUCCAUCAAUCGAGCAGGUCAACCAAUUUUUCGUAAGCUACAAAGAUAUAGCUUACAAAGCGGAAACAUUCAUCAAAGCACUCGACAUCACGUUCAAGGUUUACAAAGCGUACGGCAUAAGUUUUCCAAUUGAAGCCAACGGACCUUGGAACUUCAUGGCGUAUAUGUUCUACGACUUCGAACCACCCGAGAACGGAAAUAAAGCUAGGGUUCUGACACUUGCUACACAUCUUCGCAACCAGCUACCGGCACAAUGAUUUUAUGCUGCGUUCCCGGAUGUCCAUGGAAAACCUCCUGUCCAUCGCUUCUCGCGACUCAUCUGCGCAGAGUUCAUGAGCCCAUCGACGUGUAUAGCUGCAAGGAGCCAAACUGUGGAAGACGAUUCAGUGUACGCUAUUCUUACAUUUCCCACAUCCAGAAACAUAUGCGGAACGACUCUUUUACAAGAAUAUCCAGUGAUGAAAAUAUUACAGAAUCAGAAGAAAACGAUCAUAUGCUACCGUGCACAUCAGGCAGCAAUGUAACAGAGAGGAACAGUGUAGGUGAAGAUAAAGAGCAAAUCACAACUCCAAAUAAAGAGCAGAAAUCAGAAGCUGAACAGUUAGUUAAUGUAGAGAAAAUUGAACAGGAAAUUAGCCGACUAAGAAUAGGUUUCAACUUGAAGUGGUUAAACAAAGAUACAGUACCUAGAAAGCAGGUAUUUGAGUUUCAAAACGACGUGCAAUCAAAUGUUAUUAAUCCGAUAGUUGAUGUUUUAGGUGUUAUGACAGAUGCAGGCCUAAUUUCACCUGAUAAUAGUACCAUGCUUAAAUCUGUAUUUUCAAUGUUUCAAUGCUCCCAGACGGAGUAUAAAUUUGUACGAGAAUUAAAGCAAUCAGGUUUAUACGAAGACCCUGUGUUUUUCAAUAUAAGUAAUGAAUUAAAACCUGCUGUGGUACAACAAAAUCUAGAAAUGAUCGAAGAUGAUGUUCAGGGUGUACUAAUGCCGAUCAAGUUUCAGCUUCGGAAAUAUUUAGAAUCGGAAGGAAUGAUGGACAUAUUGAUGAAUAGCUUGAAACCAUCAGAGGAUGGUGUGAUAAGAUCCUUAGUAGAUGGCACAAUUUGGCAAGGUAAAAUACGCGGUUUGGACGAUAAGCUAGUAGCACCAUUGAAUAUUUUCUUCGACGAUUUUACAACAAGUGACACGGUGUCGCCGCACGCUAGUAGUACCAAAAUCUGCGGUGUGUACUACUAUAUACCCAGUUUACCACCGUAUAUACUUUCACGUCUCGUCAAUAUAUUAACGGCCGGAUAUAUUUUUGCUGCAGACAGAAAACAUUUCGGAAAUGAACGCACAUUGCACACACUAGUCGAAGAGUUGAAGAGUUUAGAGAUGACUG